GGGGAUGAUCCAAAGCCAUGUGUAAAGGCUUUUUGUAUGACGUAAUGCUUUUUCCACAUAUUUAUAACCAACACAACUUCUUCCUACUCUACCGUAUACAACCUCAUAACCCAUACUCAACAAUGGCGAAACUCGUCAUUUUCUUCCUCAUAACAUUCUUCCUGAUGGCGUCUCUCGGCUUCAACUUCUCUCCCGCCCCUUCAAAAACGCCAAGCGAGGAAUAUUGUGAGGUUGAAGAAGAAAGGGUUCAACAACGGGGAUUGUCCAUCAACUCAAUUUUCAGACUUUUCGGAUUGUUUCAAGUCGAUUUCAACAUUUUUGAGUUGGGGCCCGUAUCCGUCAACCUUUCAAUUGAGGUUGAAGUGGAAUGGUGCACAAUAGGCACACCAACUAUUUGUGUUCAGCUAUCAAUCAACUCCAUUUUUAGACUUUUCGGGUCGGGUCAGAUUGAUGUGAAGAUGUUUAAGGUUGGGACGAUACCCGUGACGCUUUCAUUUGAGAUUUAGUGUUGUGCAUACUUAGCUUUUAUAUAUAUUCUGAUAUACUAAUAAUAAUCAUAUGUUGUAUACGUGAGUUGCUAUUGGAUUCUGAGUGCAUACUUAGCUUAUAUAUAUAUAUUCCGAAAUAAUAAUAGUAAUCAUAUGUUGUA